CGCAGAAGUGCGUCAUCGGGUCUAACGGUCGCCUUUCGUUUUUGACGAAAAUGAAAACGUGUCAGUUUGUCACUUUAACGAGGUUGUGGUAAUAACGUGUUCAAAUACUUAAAAACGUUGGCUCGAAUCUAGGUUGUGCCUUUAGAUUAAAAAAACAAAAACAAAGGAAGAACGUUUCACUUCUCUAACUCCGGCCUGGUCUGCUUCGCAAGCGUUCCCGGAAGUCUUGCGCCUCUGGGUUUAAAAACUCUGUGGCGAGGCCUCGGCACCAUUUUGAGAAGCCGCUCUAGUCUGCGAGAGUUGUGGUGGGAAUUUUUGUAUUUUGUUGCUAGCUAGUUAGUUAGCAAACUUCGUGUGAACUGUUAACCAGACAUAGCUUGCUAUUUUUACAAGAGCAAUUGGCAAAAUAACAUUAAAGGGUUUUAACCAACUUUUAAACGACUAAAGUUAGCUAGCAGUCUACGGAUGUCAGGAGAUAAUAUGUCGGGCGGCGGGAGCGUGGUUCGUGGCCCAGCGGGAAACAACGACUGUCGGAUCUACGUGGGUAACCUGCCACCAGAUAUCCGCACUAAAGACGUGGAGGAUGUGUUUUAUAAGUACGGGGCGAUCCGAGAUAUCGAUCUGAAGAACCGGAGGGGAGGACCGCCGUUCGCUUUUGUGGAAUUCGAGGACCCCAGGGAUGCUGAUGAUGCGGUGCACGGUCGUGAUGGUUAUGACUACGAUGGUUACCGUCUCCGGGUGGAGUUCCCCCGUAGUGGGCGUGGGGGAGGGAGAGGGGGGGGUGGCGGCGGCAGGGGGGGUGGCGAUGGAGGAGGAGCCCCAAGAGGACGAUAUGGCCCUCCCUCGCGGCGCUCAGAGUACAGAGUCAUCGUCUCAGGUCUCCCCUCUAGUGGUAGCUGGCAGGACCUAAAGGACCACAUGCGCGAGGCAGGCGACGUGUGUUACGCUGACGUGUUCCGGGACGGUACCGGCGUGGUGGAGUUCGUACGCAAGGAGGACAUGACCUACGCUGUCCGCAAGCUGGACAACACCAAGUUCCGCUCCCACGAGGGAGAGACUGCUUACGUGCGCGUGAAGGUGGACGGACCUCGCAGCCCCAGUUACGGACGCUCCCGCUCUCGUAGCCGUAGCAACGGGCGUAGCAACAGCCGCUCACGCAGCUUCUCACCGCCGCGACGCAGCCGGCCCUCUCCACGCUACUCGCCACGACACUCCCGAUCACGCUCCCGCACCUAGACACACACGGCCCCCAGGGAGAGAGAUGUGACAUCAUCCGACCAGGAGAGGGACAGGCGCCCCCCCCGGUGGACCUGCUAAUGUUCUCUUGGCUCGUCUACCUCUUGUUCUUUCAUCCCCCUGUUUCUGGUCUAGUUGCCCUCAGCUGUGGUUUGGCUUAUGACCUCUGUUCUCUUUGUAUCUGCUGGCCCCUCCCUCUACUAUCCCCCCCUCUCUCU